AUGAAUGAUGAGGCUGACAAAUACUUUGAGCUAAGAUUGUUAGAAUAAGUAAAACAAUUGUUAAAAUAAUUGGAAUCAUUGAAAAUCAAUUUUAUUUUCUUUAGUGUAACUCUACCUCAACCUGUUGAAGAUAUCUCUACGGAUUUAUUAAUCGACCCAAUGAGAAUCUCUUGAUCGGAGGAAGAAAUCAUAUUCUAAUUAGGAUCGAUUAACAACUAAAGUAUAGAUCUAAUAAAUAUGGAAAAAUUUUAAAAUAAGAAAUUUAAAAUGAAGGGUCAAUGAUUCCACAUAUUUUGUAUUUGUAUAAUCUAAAACAAGAGCUGAAGCCUUUGGUGUAUGAACUAGAAUAAUUGAAAGUAAUUAGAGUGAAUUGCAUUCAAGGAGAUAUGGAGAGCAAGACAACAUAAGAAAUUCUGGAAUAAUUUAUAAGGGCGCAUUUUUAGAUGCUUAUUUGUACUUUAAUGAUGACUAGAGGAAUAGAUUUUAAUGAUGUUUAAUUAGUUAUUAAUUAUGGUUUCCAAUAAUCCAUGAUUACUUAUUUCUAAUAUCAGAGAAUUUCAUUCUACUACCCAUAGAGCGGGCAGAACGGGAGUGCUGGUAAAUAAGGGAGGGCCAUUACUAUUUUCACAGAUGAGAAUAAAUCUAUUUUAAGAUCAUUGGCAAAUGAGUUUAAAGUUUAAGGAUGUUAAGUACCUCAAUGGUUAUUUUAAUUACCAAUUGCAAAGAUGCAAAUAAAAAAAAGAGAGAAUUAUAGAAGAUUAAUGAUGAAUUUUCAUUUUAAUUUACUUUCAAUAAUUAGGAUAGUUUUUAAAUUAUUAUUUAUUAAAAUGGUAAAGGAAUAAAAACCAAGUAAAAUAACAAAUAAACAUAGAAAUAUACAGGACUGAAAAUAAAUUUGAUACUUAUAUGACAAAAGAUGCUUUUUGUAAAUUUAUAUCAGAUGAAUUGAUUGGCAAAGAUGGAUUGAAAGAAAACUUUUAAUUUCAAAAUUACAAAGUAAUUUUUGGGUUGUUUAUGAUUGCUAAUGUAAUCUAUUCGCAUUAUCACUUCAUUCCUUAUCCUCAAGACUACUAUAUAUUGAUAGCAUGCAUCAUAUUGUAAAUUUGAUUAUACACGUGUAUUAGUUAUUACGUAUCUACAUACAUUUAUUAAUGGUUUGAGAAAGUUAAAGAAGGAGAUAUUUUUAUACUCUAUGAUGUAAUGAUAUUUAAUAAUUUCAGGACAAAAAAACCAAAAAGACUUUUGGAUUUGGAGCAUCUCAAGAAUUAUAUUAGAGAUUCAUUGUUUUAAGAAUUUAUAGUAUGCCAAACAAAGCCUUAGUAAAUAGAUAAUCAAUUAAUAAAUCUAGUUAGUUGAGCGUAAAAUUGACAGCGCCGAAUACCUUGAUAUGAAAGGCUACAUUGUCCAACAAAAGAUGAGAAGUCUUAUAAAUGAGUUAGUACAAGAGGCGAAUAAGAAAUGAUUCAUUUGUUUUUGUUAUAAGAAUAUGUGUAUAAAGAGGA